AUGAACAAGCUCAAUUUGUCAUCCCUCGAAGAGCUUCUACGGUUCCCAGGUGUGCUUUCAGAGGAGCUCAUCCCAGAUGCGUCGGUACUUUCGUGUGGGUGCUUGACCUCCGAGGCCAUCUUCCGGUCCAGUGGGGUCCCGUUCUGCUACAACUGCCAGAAGGAAGGUGUCGACAUCAUCAGUGAGGUAAGGCCCCUUCGGGACCUCUAUAAUAUUAUACAGCAGCUCAAUGUCCAGCUCAUUGGCCCCCCACAAAACGCAAAUUAUGGAGACAGACGAAGGUCUUCCUCCAAAAGAAGCGGUGGGGUUUUCGAGGACUCCCAGCCUGCGCCAGAGACUAUGGAUCUUAUCAGUCUCUUCUACAAAUUUGCCAAGGAAGAAGAGAAUCUGGCGGAACCUCUAAAGCUGCAGACAGACCACUCAAUAGUGAAGCCUAUUGAAAUUAAACGACAUUCCCAGGAACUCCGCAAAUUGCACCACUUUCAAUCGGUCAAUGUGCACGUACCCUCGACAAACUCCAUUUCACCACGUCAGCGCUCUGCUGAGAAGGCUUCGUUCCUCAAUAGCACUCCCGAGGUCAUGAACUCGCUUCUUCUAGAGUCCAAUCUUCUCAAGUCGCUCAGUGAAGAGAAGGAGUAUAACUUCUCCAAAUGUUUUCCAUUUCAUCGGAAGCUUACCACCUUCCCUACUCAACAAGUUAAAUUCAACCUUGCAUCCAUGACUCAAAUACCAUUCAAGUCAGGGUCAAUGAUCAAGAAAAAUACUAGAUUCACUGGAAGUGAUAUCCAUACCUACGUGGAUCUCCAGUUAGACAUCGAGGUAACGAGGUUUGUAUUGAUCAAUGAGAAACGGUGGGAGUUGUAUGAGUACACGGUGCCCCUAAACGAUUCCAGUGCCGAGAGCAGACCUCAAAUGAUCUGUUGCGGCAAACUGUCUGGAGAGUACGGCGAGAAUAUGAACGAAUUGAAUCCAGCAAACAAUGACACUACUGUAACCGGUGAAAUAAUUAUCAAAAAUGAAUUCAAUCACAACAAUUCCGACCAAGUGGCUUCUUCUCAAGAGUCAGAUAUAAAGAAAAAACUCCAGCUGUGGGACUUCUUGUUCUGCCAGUUGUCCAGUGAUUAUCUUGUGAUAUCUGGUACCAAGGGUAUUAUGAGAGUCAUUAACCUUAAACGCAACCUGUCAUAUGGACUUGGCCAACCCAUUUACACCUACAUUACUAAUUUCCCCAUUAGGUGCAUCUCCAUGGCUCCAAACAAUUCCUUGGUGGCAUGUGGGAUUACUGCUCGAGAGAGACUCUCAGGAAAGGAGCAACCGUUUGUGAUACUCCAUCGGCUCAUCUUGGGGCAGAACCAGAAAUUGGCUUCAGUUGACCCUAUCACGAUUACCAUUCCUUACCGUGACCCCAUAAAACUCAUUAAUUUCAACCCAUCUUCAACACAUUUGGUGUGUUGCACAGUAUGGGAGUCACGCUACUUGGUUAUUAAGCUUCGUAGCAACGAACUCUCCGAUAAUUACAGAAGACCUCGGUUGAUCUGGUCCGACUUGAGUAUCAAGUCCCAACGUCGCCACAGUGAGCUUGAAGGAGUGGCUGCUGCAGAUGCUCAGGACCAAUUGAUGAUGGGGCACGAGGGUAUCACCGACCUUCAGUUUGGUUCCAGAUACUCCAACACUGUCAUCAUCACGUCGUGUUCGCUCAAGAGCCGUCCUCCAUUGGUUAUACGGCUCGAUGGGCCCUUGAUCGAUUCCAACAGAACGCAAUCGGUUGCAGUUUCCGAUACAUACAGUAUUCAGAACAGUAUGAAUAGUGUGGAGGAGGAAGACUUUUCUAGUGUCAACUCGGCCGAGGUGAUUCUCAAGUUAUCGGAAGUGGGAUCUUCUGCUCACAGGACCGCCCUUUCACCAAGAGGAGAUGGCAUUGUAUUUGUGAACAAGGACGGGUCCAUCUACUUGGUGAGCACUCCCAACUUGAAUUCGUCUGCGCUUACGUCUACGAACAAGAGGGUGGUGGUUUUGUUGGGAGAAGUGGCCAAUGCUGAGAGAUUUACCGAGGCUGCUUCUAUUAAGUUCAGUGCUGAUGGAAGUAAGAUAUUUACGGUGGACAGGAAGGGGACGUUUUCGGUGUUCGACUUCACUAAAGGUGUUCCUGGCGAGGACGUGGAUGUUGUCAAGUGUAAGUUGAUAAAUGUAUAA